GUGAUAUUCCUAGAAGUAAAAAUCAAAUAUUAAUUAUUUACACUCAAAAUGGACAGAGAGAACAAAGCACAAGUUUUUCAGUCAGAUUAUUCUGGUAAGUGUCUCAGUGUCUUUUGGUUUCAUCCCACACGUUUUAAACAGCCCAAACUCUCAGAAUGACACUCCGAAGGAUGCGGGCAUUUCAAAGCUCAGACUGGCUUUUGAUCCAGAGUCUGGGGAAGGAACUCAGUGUGUUGCAGAAGCUUUGAAGAGCAUCAAGAAGGAUAUGGAGCAAGCCAAGCAAAGAUAUGAGUAUUUUGGAGCCCAGCCGCAACAAGAUCAAGAAGCCUCCCCAUCCGAUCAAGAUUUACUCAGUUCAUCAUUGAAGUUAUCGAAAGAGAGCGUCGAAAAGAGAAGAGAGAGUGAGCAACAAGAAAUUCAAGAUGAUUUUGACUCUUCUCUCAAAGUUGAAAGAUUGUGAACUCCAAAAUUUUAUCAAUCAAGUAACUCCUAGAAUAGAGAGGAACCAAAGAGACACCAGAUUCAAGAUAUCCAAAUCUCAGAUAUUGAACUUUCGAGCAAUGGAAAACUUGCUAAAAAUCCAUCACUCAGUAAUUUCAGCAAGAAAAUUGCCAAAAAUCAAGCUGAUGAAACUCUCCAUCAAAAGGGGUUUCCUGAAAGUAGGAACCAGCAAUCAUGCUUCAUUUCAGUCAGACCACCUAGAUGCUACUGAGGACUGUAACAGAAGUAUCUUACCAGAUUUGAGCCAAAAGGAGCUGUGAAUAGAUAAUUCACUGAACCUAGAUCCUUGAAUAGAAAAUAAAUCUUCAUUAGUGGUUGCUCCUGCAAGAUUGACUUACAGACAUCUCACUCAAAAGUCUAGAUCAGAAAUGGUCCAGAAGGAAUUAGACUUAUUGAAGAGACACGAAGAUUUACAAGCCAAAGUUUAUCCUGAAUUUGGGGAUUCUUGUGUUAGCGAUAUCGAAUUAACCAAACCCCAUCGUUUUCUGUACACUGAAGAAUUUUUGGUUGCCUUCUAUAAAAACUGAUUAAUGGACAUUCCUGGUAGCGCAAUGAUCUGGAUACAUUUAAAGAAAACUAAGGAUUUACGAAUCUUCUUCUCUCACAAUUUCCCAAGAAAAUGAAACUCUUUAGUAAUAGACCGCUUGGAGUCUGGUCAUAUAUCUCUGGAUCAUCUGUUACCCCAAAUCUCAAGAAUUAGCCCAAGACUUAGCGUUGAAAUAUGUUUUAUGCAUUUUUAUAUCAACGAAAAACAACUUAAAAGAAUUCUUGCAGCGUCUAGGCAUGUUGAAAUUCUAGAGAUUAGUUGGUGAGAACUUCAUAUUCCAAGAGUUCCAGAUCUUUCCCACGGUCUCAAGGGUGCUACUAUGGAAAAGAUAAAACUACUUCAUUGCAGAUUCUCAGGUUGUAGCAACGCCUGGACUAAAUCCAAAGAGCUUAAGAACCUGAUUAAAGGGCUAGCCACUUCUUCCGAUUUCAAGCAAAGCCUCGGAGAAUUUCACUUUGACGGCUCAGAAUUUGGAAAAGAUUUUGAAGAAAUAUUUGAAGAGAGAUUUAUAAAUUCUUUUGCCAAACAAUUUGGAAAAGACUUAGGAGCAAAAUUUACAGCAGAAUUUGGAGAAAAAUUUAUGGACUAACAUGGAGAGCUAAUUACUAGAGAACUUGUCAAUGAUUUCCUCCAAAAUGAAUUCAAAACUAAUGGAUUCA